CAAAGCAACUAACAGUGAGAAUUUUGCUUGAAACUGUUAAAAGGCUGGAAAGUUUUUCUUCAAGACCUUCGUCGUCUAACGGCUGAUGUGAGGCGUGCAGUUCCCGACUUCCUCGUGGGAAAAGUGAAAUCAAGACCUCCUUGGCAGUAGAUCGCCCUCAAGGCAACGGCCAAGUGUACAUGAGAGAAUAACAACAAUCCUUUUUGUUUUGGCUUCUCUACAGAACGAACAUUAUCUCAAAGCAGGCAGAUGGCACUUACUGUUCAAAAUGCCGCGAAAACCAAGACUACCUGCUAUGGUUGCCUAUCUUCUCCUGCUCACUGUUGGUCUUGUGCUGUAUGUGUCAUCAAGGGGUCUCGAAAAUGAGGGAAUAGGCGUCUUUACUGGCACUCUUGAAAAUGCCCAAGAAACUCCGAAAGGACCCGGGUCUGGAGGAUGGGAUGGGGGAAGGGGGGUUGCUGGGAGAAAACAGAAGACCAGAGGACGACUGAAGCAACUCCCUAUCAAUCCUCAUAAUUAUCAUAUGAUGAUUAAUAAUCCAAAAAUAUGUGGAUCCGAUAAGAUGGUAUCCAUCUUGAUUGUAGUGAGCUCUUCAGUAGACAAUUUCUACAGACGAAGAGCCAUCAGGGAAACCUGGGGAGGAUCCGGGCCCUUAGGAGUCUCCCAUGCUAAACUGGUCUUCCUUCUUGGCAAUCCACUGAACUCUGAGCUUCAGACGAAGGUGGUUGAGGAGUCUCGCACUUAUGGAGACGUUCUCCAGGAGGACUACGUCGACUCUUACAUGAAUUUGACCAUCAAGUCCGUUAUGGGACUCAAGUGGGCCUCCGUCUAUUGUCAGCAAGCUAAAUACUUCAUGAAGACAGACGAUGAUAUGUACGUGAAUGUACCUUCUCUUCUGACGUACCUGCAGGAGGCUGACAGGUCACGAUGGAUUACAGGUUGCAUUAAGCAGAAGAAGUCGUUCAGACCGGUCAAUGCCUCCCCCGGAAUGCCUCUACCCCCUGCACAUCCUCCUUUCGUGGCAGGAGCGGGUUACGUCAUAUCCGGGGACAUCGUCGAAGAGUUAUACAAGGCAUCUCUGCAAACCAGGAUGAUCCCGGUUGAAGACGUCUAUGUUACGGCUCACUUGGCUAAGCGGGUCGGGGUCCAUCCGCCCGUCCACGACGGCCGAUUCUCUUGCGGAGAAAUGGUCAUGGACGAUUGUGACCUCACGCAGGUUUUCACCGGACAUAGGAUCAGUCCCGAUAGAAUGUUCCAAAUUUGGGAGAAGUUGAACCCCAACGGUAUCACAAGCCCCUGUUUCGACUUCUAGUGAAGGAAGGCGGAAUUUGCCAAAGUUCUUGAAAUUCAUCGAACUGCCUUUUUGGUGUCUUCGGAAUUCUUGGAUUUUCUACGAACUUCUGUUUUUCGUCCCGUAAAGAGGAACAGACCGCCGAAUGCCUUCAGUGUGAUGCUAGAUUAUCCCUUUGUCAGGAAAAGUACAGAAGUUCCUAGAGUGAAAAUAGAAAUAAAAUGAACGUUGUUUUCAGAGUAUUACAAGAAAAGGAAAUCUGAAUAUAUUUGAGAUAAUGUGAAAACCCAAUAUGUAAUACAAUACUUAAGUGCGAAGGAACGGUGCAGAUGACUCUCAGGUGAGAGAGAGAGAGAGAGAGAGAGAGAGAGAGAGAGAGAGAGAUCAUAUAUUCUGUGUUCAGAUUUGUCAUUUAAAAGUCGUCAAUUUUACCAGUGAAAUCAUUUACUGCAAAUUUUUAAUAAGUGAAACGAAACCAUAUUAUUCGUUGUGUUUUUCUGUUUUCAGAUCUUGCUUAUAAUCAUCAUUUGUUGCCGGUGACUUUAAUCUGUAUUUAAUUGAAUAACUCAAUAUUCCUAGGUAUAGCUCUACCUUUAUAUCUGGUAACUCAGUAUUCCAUCUAGUCAUCAUGAAAAGUUUUGCUGUUGUUUACGAGCGAACAUUGGCAAGUGAGUGAGUAAGUCAUCACCUAUGAUCCGCUGAAGAACAGACAGCAUCUCUGCGUUAGAACCAGACGGUUCUUAUUUGGUGGAGAAAUGUGGGACACAGAUAUUUCGAAUUACUUUGAGUCCAGUCGUGGAUUUCUAGUAUCAACUACAUUCCAGGAGCGUCACAGGAACUUCAACGAAUUAAAUUGUUCGAGUGGGUUGAUAUUUAUGUAUAUAUACAAAAUCUCCUUUAUUUACAAGAAGUGUUUCCAUCUUGAUUUAUUUAUAAUCUUCGUCGUGCUCUUUGGACAUCACAAUGCGUUGUUGGGGAGUUAACCUGUAGGAAAUAUAUCGACCUGAGAGCUCUGAAAGAAUUCGAGUAGAAUCUCAAAUCUUUUGACUUCGUUCCUUGCUCGUGUAUUUGCAAGAUUCAUCUUAUAAAUGACAGUAAUUUCCUGUAAAAAAAAGAAAAUUGCUUUGUUCUUUUGGUGUUAUGAAACGUGAACCAGGAACCCAGUAAAGACGAUAAUGUCACUCAGUUUUAAUUCUGAAUUUUAUUUUGACAAAAUUAAUUCAUUAAAAUUUAAUGUCCGGUUGGUGUUACGGGUAAUUCGGUUACAACUGUCGUUACACGUAGAUGUUUAUACAGCUCGUUGAGUAUUAGAGUUUGAGGGACCACCUGUUUGCUAGAUGCCAGAUAAUUGUCAAUGAUUGUAAAUGCGGCCAUUUCUACUUGACCACAACCACGAGAUUUAACUCACACUGAAGGCAUAACGAAUUUCCCCAUGAAUCCAAAAAGUCAAUAAGUCAAUGAAAACUACUUCGUUUUUAGACGUGUGAGACGGACAUCUAAGUGCAGGGCGUUGUUGACUGUCAGCAGCGAGUUCAUCUCCACUAUUGAACUUAGUUGUCAUCAUAUGUUUGUAGGUCGUCAUUUCCUUGAGGAAGGAAGCGCCAGGAAAGCCUCGUGUUGUUCUGUGUAUUAUCAUUCACUGACUGAUAACACGAGGCACGCACGCAAACGUUGGUUCGUUCAGUGUGUCUUCACCGAUUGAAAGCACGAAGGACUAUCUCGAAUCAUGUCAUCCUUUCUCCCUUUUAUUGGAUUCACAUAUUAUCGUCAUUCCAUUUUCCUGUGAUUCUUACUGAUCAUACUUCCUCCUUAAACGUAGCUGUGAUAAUUAGUAAUAACGGCAUAAGAUUUUUUGCUACCCUGACUUGGAUGAGACUUGCUGUGAGGUAGAUAUUGGUCGUAAGAGUUUCUCUUAGCACUGGGGAAGGUCUUGCAGAAAUCUGAAGAUUCCAGAGUGCUGGAGAAUAAUUCGAUUGUUAUCCUUGAUAUUACAAAACAAUAUUUUUUGAAAAACACAAUUGAAAUGACAAACGUCAUCGUUUAUUAUUAUUAUUAUUAUUAUUAUUAUUAUUAUUAUUAUUAUUAUUAUUAUUAUUAUUAUUAUUAUUAGUUCUACAUAAAAGUUUAAAUGAAAAGGAUUAAGAAAUUAAACUGUUAACUGAAGGGUAGUUAAUAUGACUAUGAUAAUGAAAGUGAAUGGUGACUGAUAUAGUUUUUAUAAUAGAUUUAUAUUAAAUACUUUAUUUAGUUA